AUGAAGACACUGCUACAGCUUGUCCUGGCCAUCUUCUUCUUGGUCAACAAUGGCAACACUGCCCCGACCUUUACGCUCGCUCCCACCAUCACCAUUGAUUCUGGCCCUAUAGUGGGAGUAGCAACAUCACUCCCUGGAGCGUCUGUCACGAUCAACAAGUUCCUAGGAAUCCCCUUCGCAGCAUCUCCCACUCGGUUUGCGCCGCCCGUCACUCCGACCCCUUGGAAAACCCCUUACAAUGCCACCCAGUAUGGCCCGGCUUGUAUCCAGCAAUUUAAUUACCCGGAGGCCUCUCGCAAUUUCGUCAUCAAGUAUUUCAACACUCCUCCUCCCCCGGCUGGGGAGAGUGAAGAUUGUCUCAACGUCAAUGUAUAUGUCCCAGGGACGCCGGGCAAGAACAAAACCGUGAUGGCGUUUAUCUAUGGCGGGAGUCUGGCCAUUGGGGCGAAUUCCCUCAGCAGCUACGACGGUACGUCGUUCGCGACGAAUCAAGACGUCAUUAUAGUGACAUUGAAUUAUCGUACAAAUGUUUUCGGGUUCCCCCUCUCUCCAGAACUACCGUUGACAAAGCGCAAUUUGGGGUUUCUGGAUCAACGUCUUGCUCUCGAUUGGAUCCAGAGAAACAUCAAAGCAUUCGGUGGCGAUCCCAAGAAAGUGACCAUUUUCGGGGAAAGCGCAGGGGCAGCAAGUGUCGACAUUCUGGUGACCACGCAUCCCAAAAACCCACCGUUCCGUGGGGCCAUCAUGGAAUCCGGGCAGAACUCGUUUUAUAUCAACCCGACGAACGACGCGACGCCGUGGCUUGCACUGGCCGCCGCGCUGAACUGCACUAAGACGUUUCCACACUCUAACCUGACGUGUAUUCGCAACCAGACCGCCGCCACAAUCAAAUCGACCAUCGAGCACCUGGCGCUGACUUUCCGCCCGGUCUCGGACAACGUGACCAACCUCCGCUUCCCUGAAGCGGCGCGACUGAACAGAAGCAUUGCGCCUGUGCCUGUCCUGACGGGGACCAACGCCGACGAAGGCACGCUUUUUACCAAUGGCAUAACCAACGCGACGGCAUACCUCAACGCCCUACUGCCGGGCCAGACGGCGCUCAUCGACGCGAUUGUGGCGGCGUACCCGCUCCCACCGGCGCAGCAGGCGGCCGCCAUCGCCACCGAGUACGUGUUCCAAUGCCCCGCGGCGAUUCUGGCCAACGAUUCUCACACCGCCGGGUUUCCGACGUGGCGGUACUACUUCAACACCACGUUCGCAAACACCCAGCUAUACCCGGGCGUUGGGGUCUACCACGGCUCCGAGAUUGGCUUGGUCUGGGGCACGUACCCGCGCGCCAACGCCACCGCCGAGGAAAGGGCCCUUAGCCAAUAUCUGCAGACCGCGUGGGCGACGUUCGCCAAAAAUCCUGCCGGCGGCCCCUCAUGGACUGGCGUGCCUUUGGUCGCGGACCUGGGCACUGGCGGCGUUCUCAACACAUUGGUCUCUGCGGGCUCGUUGGAUCGCAGGUGUGCGCUGUACCGACCGAUCUACGAGGCUUCAGGCAUAGCGGUGCCAGGAAGUGGCGGUGGCAGGUAG